GCACACAAUUCAUGCCCAAGCAGUCGAAUGAAAUUGUGAAUCAGUUAACUUUAGGUGAAGAAUGUUAUUGGGAUUUUUCCUGUUUUCAACACCAUUAUAAAUCAAUAAAAAUAAAAUAAAAAAUAAAAAUAACUUUUGAUGUAAACAAAUUCAAGUUCAAUAUAGAAAUAACACGUAGACAAGAUUUUAUUAUCAGCAUUACAAGAUGUCGAAAACAUUGGAAAUAUCUCCGAAUGCUUUGAUCAGCAAAAAAGUGUUAGAUCGCUAUUUGGCAUUGGAGCUACCAGCGAACAAAGUUAUGGCAACAUACAUCUGGCUUGAUGGUCCCGCUCUAGACAUUUGCUCUAAAGAUCGUGCUCUGGAUUUUGUUCCCAAAUCAGUAAACGAGCUUCCAAUUUGGGCUGCUGGCCAUGGCGAAGCGGAUGGUACCUUUUCCGAGUGGUAUUUACACCCAGUUAAAAUUUAUCGAGAUCCAUUCCGUCAGGGCAAUCAUAUUCUAGUGUUGUGCGAAACAUAUUCCGGCGAUGGUAAACCAUCAGUCAAGAAUCGUCGUAAUAAAUGCGCCGAAAUCGCGGCUAAAUGUGCCGCUGAAGAGCCUUGGUUUGGUAUCGAACAAGAGUACGUAUUUUUAGAUUUUGAUGGGCAUCCGCUCGGGUGGCCAAAAAAUGGUUGUCCUGGCCGGCAAGGGGUUGAAAACUAUUGUGGCGUUGGCGCUAAGAAAGUGUACGGUCGUGAUGUGGUUGAAGCUCACACUCGUGCCUGUCUCUAUGCCGGUAUAAAACUUGCUGGAACCAACGCUGAAGGAAUGCCAGCACAAUGGGAAUUCCAAAUUGGACCCUGUCCAGAUGUCACGGUCGCUGAUGAUUUAUGGGUUGCCCGUUUCUUGUUGCAUCGCAUUGCGGAGGACUUUGGCAUUGUUGUCACAUUCGAUCCAAAGCCCAUGGAGGGUGAAUGGUUUGGCUCUGGAGCGCAUUGUAAUGUAUCAACAAAAUCAACACGUGCCAAGGGUGGAAUCACCGCCAUUCAUACGGCUAUUGACAAAUUAUCGAAACGCCAUGAUAAACACAUAAAAGCCUAUGAUCCAAAGGGAGGAAAAGAUAACGAACGUCGUCUGGUUGCUGGAUGUGCAACUAGCUCCAUUCAUGAUUUCAGCGCCGGUGUUUCUAAUCGUUCUGCUUCAAUUCGAAUUCCGAAAACGGUUGCCGACAAUGGUUGCGGCUACUUCGAAGAUAGACGUCCGAGCUCAAAUUGCGACCCAUACGCUGUUGUCAGUGUGAUUCUUUCGACCAUUUGUUUAAAUGAAUAAACCGAUGAACAAUAAAAUAAA